AUUUCUAACAAAGCAUCCAUCCAAAGUACUCCAGAAGACAGGAAAAUCUUGAAACAGAUCGUCGCCAUGACGAUCGACACAGAGUUGAAGCCCCACGACACUAUCCCUAAGGCAGAAAAGCCAGUCCUUGUCUGUAUCCUCGAUGGCUGGGGUGAGAACGAAAACAAGGAUAAAUUCAAUGCUAUUCACAGUGCCGAAACCCCCGUCACAGAUGCCCUGAAGGAGGUGCCAGGGCGGUGGCGCACAGUGCGUGCUCAUGGCACUGCAGUGGGGUUACCAAGUGAUGCAGACAUGGGCAACAGCGAGGUCGGACACAAUGCACUGGGAUCUGGUCAGGUGAUCGACCAGGGUGCCCGUUUGGUGGACAUUGCACUGGAUAACGGCUCAGCCUUCGAGCUGGAUGGCUGGAAAUACAUCUCAGAGUCCUUCCCUGACAACACCGUGCACUUCAUCGGCCUGCUGUCCGACGGAGGCGUGCACAGCCGCUGCAACCAGCUCGUUGGCUUCCUCAAAGGCGCAGCCAAGGAUGGCGCCAAGCGCAUCCGCGUGCACAUCCUCACGGAUGGGCGCGAUGUGCCGGAUGGGACGUCAGUGAAGUUUGUAGAGGAGCUGGAGAAGGAUCUGGCGGAGCUGUCGGGCUGCGACGCCAAAAUCGCGUCCGGGGGCGGCCGCAUGCACGUCACCAUGGACCGCUACGAGGCGGACUGGAAGAUUGUGGAGCGCGGCUGGCAGGCGCAUGUGCUCGGAGAGGCGCCGCACAAGUUCACGACUGCGCUGGAGGCGAUCAAGACCCUCAGGGAGGGAGACGGAAGCAAGGCGAUAACAGACCAGUGGCUGCCGCCCUUCGUGGUCACAGACGACGGUGGAAAGGCAGUGGGCACAAUCGAGGACGGCGAUGCAGUGGUUCUGUUCAACUUCAGAGCGGACAGGAUGGUGGAGAUCAGCAAGGCCUUUGAAUACGAGGAGUUCAAUGCCUUUGACCGCAAGCGCUUCCCCAAGACGAGGUUUGUGGGCAUGAUGCAGUAUGACGGUGACCUGAAGCUGCCGGCGAGGUUCCUGGUGCCGCCCCCGGCCAUCUCCGGCGUUUCUGGCGAGCUGCUUGCUAAGGCCGGCGUCUCAACCUUCGCCUGCUCUGAGACCCAGAAAUUUGGCCACGUGACAUUCUUCUGGAACGGCAACCGCAGCGGCUACUUCAAGGAGGACCUGGAGACGUAUGUGGAGAUCCCCAGUGACGCUGUUCCCUUCAACGAGGCACCGGACAUGAAGGCGCGCGAAAUCACCGAGGCCGGCAAGGAGGCCCUGCUCUCUGGCAAGUACCAGAUGGUCCGCAUCAACUUCGCCAACCCCGACAUGGUGGGCCACACAGGCGAUCUUGAGGCGUGCGUGGGCGCAUGCUCGCUGGUAGACAAGUGCGUGAAGGAGCUGCUUGACACGGUGGAGUCCCUUGGCGGGCGCUGGUUGCUGACGGCCGACCACGGCAACGCGGACGACAUGGUGCAGCGCGCCAAGAAGACCAACGCGCCCCUCUUCGCCGACUCCGGCGCCCCCCUGCCCCUCACCUCCCACACCCUCGCUCCCGUGCCGGUGGCGAUUGGCGGACCUGGGCUGCCGGAGGGAAUCAAAUUCAGGGAUGACCUGCCCAACGCCGGUCUGGCCAACAUCACUGGCACAUACCUGAACCUGCUCGGCUUCGCCACCCCUGCCCACAUGGAGCCAUCCCUCAUCUAGACACCCCCUGCUCUUUCAGAUUAUUUCACUUAUUUAACCCGCGCUGCCACCAUACACUCAUUGAUGGGGCUUGCCUGAUGAAUAAUGAGGCUUGCCCAAUCAUCAUGAUGCGCACGAGCACCUGUUGCCGUGGCAUAUUGCACGGCACACAUCUGAUUGGAAAUCUGAACAGGUGUUUUGAGACUAACUGGAAGGAAAGAGGGAUGCAGAUAUUGAAGCUGCUCGCAAUAUUUCCUUGUUUGCUUAUUGUGCUCUAACUUGAGUAAGUCAUAAUGGCAGUGCGCGACAAAUGUGAUGGAUGUUGCCCCAUCAAAAUCCUUGGGAUAUUAUAUGUGUAGCUUCCCUCAGGUCAAAAUGCCGUACAAUUUGUACAAGUGGUCGGCCUUUUGCAGAUCUCUACACUGGUACGUAUACUGGACUACAAUGGCUUACUGUUCAGAAUUCUACCCUGAUGUGCAGUAUCCUUAAAUCUUUGGGUAAAGAGACGACGAUUGGCAAUG